AUGUCCACCAGCGUUGCAAUGGAGAAAGCGCUCGAUGUCAACGAGCUUCUUGAGCUCAUGCUCGCCUCUCUGGAUGUGCGAACGUUCGUCUUCGCCGCUGCCCUCGUCUGUCACCGCUGGCAUGCCAUGACUAAGCGGAUCAUUACCUCAAACAGCGUGAUGCGCACGCAAGAAGCUCUUCCUACAACCGAUCGCAACCGGUACGUCGAGUACGAACCCUACCGCGGACUGAGUGAGAGCCAGCUUGACCCUUCGCUCGUGCUACCGGAUCCAUGGUUUUAUAAGAGGAGCUUCUUCACCACCGGUGCAGGCAUCCUGGAGAUGCUUCAAAGGCAGGAGCAAGGGUGCAAUUUGCGCCGCGACACGCUGCUCUCGCAACCUCCGGUUGCUGAAGAUCUCUGGCACGCCAAAUUCGGGAGGAGUGAACGUGCCUUCACAAGCCGCCACGGGCCAGCGAACGAAGGGGACGUGAAGGGCAUCUUCACCAAUGGCAGGACGAUCGCAACGGCACGAGAGGCGACAAGGGUGCUGGAGAAGGUGAUGCUCGAGCAUUGGGGCAAGGCAGUGGACUGCGACGGCACUACUUUGCAUGUCCCAGGCAAGAAGAUUGGGCGGGCGGAACUGAACGAGCGCUUGCGGACUGCUGGUCGAGGUGCGGCGAGUGGCAGCACCGACCGGGCAGCGUGA